AUGGCUGCAUUCUGGGAGACUGGAUAUAAUAGACCUGGUAAGAAGAGGAUAUUUGAGAAGAACUUUGGACUAUUUUUUAUAUACUUUGGAUUCUUAUGUCCUACAUUAAUGACUAUAUUUGGAUCUAAUCCUAGAUUAUUAUUAUGGUUUAUGGAUGAAUAUCGUCCAUUAGAAUAUCCACCAAGAUCUGAUCCAACUAUUAUUAAUGAGAUAAUGAAUGAUAGAAUACCAGAAUCAUCUAGUAUAGAAGCGUAUGAGAAGGAGGGGUUAGAUGCACUAUAUUCUAAGGCACUUCGUAGUAAGAAACAACAACAACAAGAACAACAAUUGAUCAAUUAUCAUGAGGAUAUGGAGGAAUAG